UCUUGCGCGCAUCUUGUUUCUCGCUAUUCGCUCCCCCGGCUGGCCGAUCUCGCGGGUGGUAUAGCUCCGUUCACGCGUCCUGUCGUUCAUGAGCGCUCCGGGCCUCUCUCUCGGCCCUGUGGUCCUCUUCCGUCCGAAUCCUUGAGUUUGUCUGUCAUCUUCCCCCCUCCGACCGAGCUCCUCGAGAACCCCCCGCCUCCCCUACCCAGCCGUCUUCCAGGUCAUGUGGUGAGACCCGCCGCCUGGCUGUGCUAGAAUGUCCUCCGAUGCAGCGGCUUUACCCUCUCCUCCAGAUUUCGCACCCUGGGAAAACACCAGUCUUCGUCCCCAGUCCCUCGGUGGCAUGUAUUCGGGCGGAAGGCCACCCGCCGGACUAGGAUCAUAUCAUGCCAACAACACCACCAACAACUAUGGCGCCCCCUCAGGAUCACCUCCGGCACCGUUCCCCAAUAUCAAGGACCUUCAGGAUGAAGCGGCAGCUCUGGACAUAAGUGAAGAUACUUCGGUAGGUCUCCAGUCUCGAUGCGCGUGCCAGUGGCCCCGCAGGUCGCUAAUCUCGGACUCGAUGCAGCUCAGCGUUUUGCUGGAGAGGGGACAGGUGGCCAUCGAUCAAGCCCGGGCACUCGCCGACAGCGAUCAACUGGAUAGAGCAUAUGUGCAAUACCUGCGCGCCUCUGAGAUCACGAUCAAUAUAAUCCCGCAUCACCGCGACUAUCGUGUUAUUGCCAAAGAACGUCCAGGAUGGUACAAACGGUUUGCAGAUUUGAUGAUGGCUGUGCGAACGAAGCAAGGGACCAUGGACGACAUCAAGCAACAGAUCCUGGAAAGCAAUUUGUUGAGCAAUGUGCAGCCGGUGGGGCCCCUUCCGUCAAACUCACCCCGACAAACAUCACAGGUAUCUUCCUCUGGACCGUUUCGAAGUCCUAGCCCAAGAGGCCGCCCGAUCGAUGCAGGCAACCACUCCAUGCGGAUGCCGAGCCCGUCACAAUACCGCGAAGCGGCAGACACAAACGCCAAGUUCAAUCGGCAUUCGAGUCCCGCGGGUGACCUACUUGCCCAAAGAUUCGCCAAAUUAAAAAUGUCACCACCUACUUCGACAAAUUUAGGCCCAGCAACCAGUGGACCGAAUGGCACUGCCUCGGCACCCCCAGCGCGAGAUCGCCCUCCCCGGCCAUCGUCCUACAUGCAUCAAGGCGUACCGCAACGACGUCCUCUAGGGCCUCGCAGCAUGGGCUCCUCUCAUAGCGUGCCAACCCUUCCCCCGAAGGUGCCUCUUAACACAUCCCUUCCCCGCGCUCCGGACCCGGCGUACAGCCCGAUCUGGACGGUACCAUCGCAGGGGCCUUCGAAUCCGCCCCGAACCUCUACUGAGAUCACUCGUCCCGUCAAUCCAAGAUACUCCCAGAUCGCGACGUCACCUCGCGGCAGUCCUAGCCGCAACGGCUUGGACGAGAAUCCUUACAGAGCCCAGACUCCGAACGGGAUACACCAGGUCAAAGAAGUCCGAAGCAGUAGUGCCGAUCUUCCCCACAACCCUACAAUUGGCCCUCAGCAGUUGCUGGACUAUAUGCGCAAGUACAAUAUUCUCCUGAUUGACGUCCGUCCACGGGACCAGUUUGAUAGCGGCCAUAUCUAUGCCUCUUCAAUUCUAUGUAUAGAGCCGGUGGCAUUAAAGGAAAACGUGUCAGCCGAGGAGCUCGAGGAGCGCCUAGUGGUUUCGCCCGAGCAUGAGCAGUCGCUGUUUGAGAGACGAAACGAGUUUGAUAUGGUUGUGUACCAUGACCAACGGACGGCAUCCGUCAGCUAUCUUGCGGGGUCACCGGUCGGCACUUCGGCACCCCAUCUUCGAGCGUUAUAUGACACUCUAUACGAAUUCAACAACUAUAAGCCGUUGAAAGAUGGACGCCCCCCUGCACUACUGCAGGGCGGACUUGAUGCGUGGAUUGAUCUCGUUGGCCAACAGUCUCUUGCCACGUCCUCCACUGCUGCGGUUUUGGGAUCUCUUCAAGUGAAGAGGCCCGUCAGGAAGCCUGGCCGACCGCUGGGGAGAGUCCCAACGGUCGUCAGUGCCAACUCCAGCUUGGAAGUGAGGAAAAGAAGGCUUCGCGAAUACAAGCCUUUGAACCCCCAGGAACUCACUGAAUGGAUGGAAAAGUCGAAGACGGAGGAGAUCGACACUGAGACCUACAUUGAAGAGGAGCCGCUCGAAGAAGAACCGGAAGGAGAGCAAGAAGCACCUGUUUCCCCGUUCGUGCAUACCUACGAAGACUUUCUACGGCGGUUCCCCGAACCGCAGGGGAUGCAGCAGUCGAUGGUUGCACCGCAUGUUCGGCCAGCCGGGACGCCUGCGCCCAACUAUGCCACCCCUGUUCCUGUUGCUCCAUCACGGCCUCCCCCUGCCGUUCCCCGGCCCAGUUACAGUGGCGUGUCGGACGGCCGGCAAAUCCAACCAACCCUCGAGCGACAAAACUCUGCAACGAAGACGGCUCUUUACACGCCCAGCUCGAUGCUGAACCGGCGGAAGCUCCCCCGCACGGGCUUGACCAACUUCGGUGUGACCUGCUACAUGAACUCGACGCUCCAGUGUCUGAGCGCAACCGUGAUGCUGAGCAAGUUCUUCAUCGACAAUCGGUUCCGGUAUUAUGUACAAAAGAACUGGAAGGGCUCGCAAGGGGUUAUGCCCGGCUUGUAUGCAAACCUGAUCAGGUCCCUUUGGAAAAACGACGUGGAGGUGAUCAUGCCGACGUCCUUUCGCAACUUCUGCGGUCGGCUGAACCAGGAGUGGGCCAUUGAUCGCCAGCAGGACUCGAAGGAGUUCUUCGACUUUGUCGUCGAUUGUCUGCAUGAAGAUCUCAACGUCAACUGGCAGAGGACGCCACUUCGGCCGUUGACGUUCGAAGAGGAGAUGCAGCGGGAGAGAAUGCCCGUCCCCAAGGUCUCCCGGAUCGAGUGGGAUCGGUACUGCCAUCGAGAGGAAUCCUUCAUCUCCUCGCUUUUCGCGGGCCAACACGCGAGCCGUCUUCGUUGCACCACCUGUCAGCGGACAUCGACUACAUACGAGGCGUUCUAUAGCAUCAGCGUCGAGAUCCCGCCCACCGGGACGGGGGACAUCUACCAGUGCCUGCGCAGCUACUGCCAAGAGGAGAUGCUGAGUGGUGACGAGGUGUGGAAGUGUCCUUACUGCAAAUGCGAGCGGGUCGCGACCAAGCAGAUCAUCAUCACGCGGGCUCCGCAGAUCCUGGUUGUCCACUUUAAGCGGUUCUCCGCGUCAAAGACGCAGACCGCGCGCAAGAUCCACACACCGAUUGACUUCCCUUUGCAUGGGCUCCGGAUGGAUGACUUUGUGUUCGCCUCGCAGACGCCGGGCCAGCCCAACGGAGUGCUGCAAGACCCGGUGGCCGCCACGGUGCCCCCUUUCACGUACGAUGCGUACGGGGUGCUCCGGCACAUCGGGUCGUCGAUGGGCAGCGGGCAUUACAUCUCGCUGGUGCGGGAUGCGCAGCGGCAAUGCUGGCGACGAUUCGAUGACGAGCGGGCGCUGGACUUCAACCCGCGCGACCUGCGGCCCAAAGACCGGCUGCAGAACGAGCAGGCCUACAUUGUAUUCUACGAGCGGGUUCCCGCGAAAUGAGGGGGGGAUGGGGGUGCAUUUUAUAUCUUCUCCUAACUCCGCUCGGGUCUCACGAGACGCAAGGACAGAUAGAUGCAUGGUGGUGUCGU